UGAUUCCUUGUCAGCCUUCAUGCGGUUAGUUAAUUUCAAAUGCCUUGAAUUUGUUUUCGUGACUAGGAGGCACCUACAAUUAGAAAAAUAGCCUAACAGUAUAACACACACAUCGAUCGAGGCGAACGCGUUCACUUCAUCCAUUUCUUCUUUCUAAAAUUUGUCUCUGCUGCGCUUGCGAUCGCUUACGGUAGAUGUGCAACGUUCGUGGUGUUGCCGUAACGAACAACGCGGAAAUUGCUCCAAGAUUGUUUAUGCAAUAACAAGAACAAUAAUACAAUCAGGACCAAUCAACAAGCACAACACCUGUAGGCGGGAAGCUGGGAUAGAAUAUUUCGACACCGAGACGUCAUCGAAGAGGUAAGAGAAUACAAAUGACGCAACUUCCUCUCACUCUAUCAGCCGUCAAGUGAAGGUGUUACCUUAAUUAGUGGAUAAAUAUUUCGAAAAUAGUUAACACAUCCCAAAUGACUGCUUAACUGGAGGAAAUGUCUCCAAACUUCGUGACGGAGAAUUGAGUAACAUUUCAAGCCAGCAUGUAAUCAAAGUAAGUCCAUGCGAGCAGGUAGACAGCCAGACAGCAUCGGUCGCCAUAGAUGUUCUGCCGUCCUCGUCCAUGGACCUGCGAUAAGCUUUGAGUGGACGAGAGAACAUCAACGUCGCUGGUCUAACUCUCAUAGAUGUCCGCCAUUUGCAGAGUAUGACUUCAGAGGAAUGUUCCGACGGAGGCUGCUGCGUGUUUCCCAUCAUCGUCGCAUUAGUCGGUGGAGCGUUCCUUCGUCAAAUGUUCAUCUGGAUGCGCACCAGCCAGCCGUGGAUGCCGCCCUACACCGUGGCGCUUUUCGCACUGGGUUUUUUCGUGGCGUUGAUUGCGCCCUACGCCCACGACAGCAUGGGCAUGUACAUGGAGUGCAUGAACUUCACUCCCAAGGUCUUGAUGCACAUUAUGCUACCUCUGCUAGUCUUCGAAGCCACGUUCUGUGGGGAGACACAGUCCUUCAAGCGCUCCCUGAAUCGUGUGCUCAUGCUGGCUGUAAUCAACUUCUCCCUGAUGAUGUCGCUGACCGCGCUGAUAGUCAGGCUGGUGUACGAUGAGUCCUGGGACUGGUUUGUGGCCCUAAUGUUCGGGGCGGUGGUGUGUGCCACCGAUUCCCUGGCAGUCGACGAAAUCGUGCGGGUAUCGGGUGUGUCGCCCGACAUGGAGUCCCUGUUGCACGGCGAGGCGGUAUUAGGCAGUGCUGUGGCUGUCGACAUGUUUCGCCUCUUCUCUCUCUUGGCCAGCGACAGCAAGUACGCCAGUGGUGGCUUUAUCGCGGGCUUCAUCAUCGAGACUCUGUUUGCGCUGUUGGUUGGGCUGGUCUCCGGGAUGCUGGCCGUCAACUGGCUCAGCCGCAUCUUCAACCAGCCCGUGCUGGAGAUUACAAUCGUCUUCUCCGUGGUCCACGUCAGCUACUUCACCGUGGAGUUGCUGUCCAUGCCCGGCAUGCUGACAGUGACUGUGUUCGGUCUGUACAUCAGCUCCUGUCGCACCUGCAUCAGUGGGAGUGUGGAGAGCGAGCUGCGCAAGUUCAUCCGAAUCAUCACCGAGAUCUUUAACUCCGUCGUUUUCCUCUUCGCCGGCACAGAGGCGGCCAGGUUCCAGGGCGAAUCCCCCAUGUCCACCAGGCACGACUUCCUUAUUUUCCUCUCCCUUCUGAUCUUCAGGGGCUUAUCUCUGUUUUUCCUAAGUCCAAUGUUACGAAAACUCGGUUAUGGUAUGUCGUGGGAGCACACACUGGUGGUGUGGAUGGGAGCACUCAAUGGCUCCUUCAACCUGCUUCUGGGUAGCUCGGCCGUCCUUGGUCACAAGCCCGGUGUCGAUAACGGAAGAAAGUUUUUCAGUCACGUGACCACUGUCGUCAUGCUGAAGCAAGUCUUCAACACGGGCAUCACACGAACGCUGCUCAAAGUCUUCGGCACCCGCACCAUGCCUCGAUUCAAGAGAACGACUCUACGGAAUGUUUUCCGAGUCUUGAAGGACACACGGGAAAAGUCAAUCAACGCCCUUAAAAGCGACAGGUUCAUGGCGGAUGCCGACUUCGACAUUGUCGAGAUGUACACGCAGCUGGGCAGCAUGAGGAGCAACUUGCUCCCAUCAAGGAGGGCGAGGUUUCACACGAAGCAUAAAGUGUCCUUGGUAACCUCUUUAUCGGAAACCUCUGCUACUCAACAAGGCAUCCAAGACUACGAGGCCAUUCUUCUGCUGAUGAAUGCUUUGAAGAAAACCUACACUCGUGCGUUUGAUCGUGGGAUGGUGUCCAAGGAGGCGCUGUACCAGCUGCAGCAGUCAAUAGAUGACUGCGCGGACGAUAAACUGUGGUACAGAUACAUUGACAUCAAGGAGGUGAAGCGAUCCUCGCAAGUCAGUCCUUACUUGAUGAAGUUUAAGCAGCAGAUCAAAGAAAAGCUGGUGGAGCUGGAGGCGGAUGCGAGGAGCGUUACCGACAGAUGGGGGUACUUUCAGCGACAGCUCCUCCCCAAGGCUCUCGUGUACGGCUUCCACCUGAUUGACGCCAUCAUGGUGCCCGUCGCAGUCACGAUGGAGCUUGUUGCUGUCCAAUGGUCGGUGUUUACUGCAGUGAACAUCUACAACUUUAUUGUCGUCGCUCUUUAUGGCAUGAUCACGCUUGGAGAGAUAAUGGUGAUGAGACUACGCUUCUUCAAAGUCGUCUGGCACGUCAUCGACUGUUGAUCGUGGUGGUGGGCAUGCUGGACAUCUUUGUCCUGCACGCCGUGCCUGUCAAGGAGACUCCUGACGGCGGAA